AGAAACAACUUCUGCUACUGCUAGUCAGUGAAGGCUUGUGAUGAUUGAUCUGGCUUCAAUUGGCUUGGUCCGCGUUGUGCAGGAAACUGGGUCAUGCUCUUCACGUUAUACCGACAGAUCCUCUUCUUCCAAUUGGGUGAUGUACAGAUAUGGAUUACAGCGAGAGAGUCCAGACAUUUCAUCGCCUUUGUAUCGAGCUCGUGGCAUGGCUGCGCAUACAUACACGCUCAAUGAUUCCUAAAAAGCGACUGGUGGUUGGGAGUUAGAAGGAGGAGAGAUUUAACAGGCUUGUCGUCAUCCGAGGGAGCGAUAUAUAAGGGCGAGCGAUGCAUUCUGUCCCUAGACGUCUCUUCCAAAUAGUGGGCGAACAACAAUACGCCAGUAGCGCCAGGGAUCACUUCGAGAACAGAGUAUAAAGCAGUUGCAAGGCCACGAAGUAACAACAGAUAAGACAUUUUGAUCGGAUGCUUGCAAGUCGAAACGAACACUCAAUUUGAAGAGCAGGUAUCAUUGAUUUGGACUGAUUCGUCUUUAUUAUACAGAAUAUAUCGUCUGAAAUCCAUCCGAUAGACAGAGAAUCUCAAAGUCUGUUUGUGGAGACACUCGCGAAUUACCAUGGAAACUAUGAGGAGAUCAUACAGCGGGAAAGGCUAUGGAGAGGCUCGGAGAUUGGAAAGGCGAAACGCGAUGAAGAACAUAAUUUAUGACCUUCGAUCUCUAGAAGCCAGAAGGACCUUAGAUUCAGAUACUUCGUUUCAUGACGAGUCGGAAUCGUCAAGCCUUUCUCGAAAGAACUGGUCGUUGGAUGAUUCUAGAGUACUGGGAAAUAGCUGCCAGGAGAAGAUGACCGCCAGAUGUAUGCAUCUGGGCAUUCCUGGACCUGCAUACCUGGGAAUAAGUCAAGAUGAUUGGGCCGCUGCAAAAUGGCACGCUUCAGGUGGAGCCUCUGCUGGCGACUCUACUCUAUCCGUUACACGCGAAGACCCUUCUGAAUUCAUCGAACGGAGGAAGAUCGAAGAGUCGAGGACCACUGAAUUUGAAGGAGGCAAGUAUUCUGCACUAGAUGAGAGAAGUCACACCGCCCACAGUUUCCCAGUGCCAACGCAGCAGAACUCUGAAGUUGAAGCUGCGGCUCCCACUUCAUCCGAUCCCGAAGCAUCAAGUUUUACUUUUCCAGUUCCUACGCUGCAGAUACAGGGGCCCCGAAGUGAGCCAGUCCAAGACUCGGACAUUGCCGAAACUCGUACGCCAAGAAUUGUAGUCUCGCUUUGGGAAUCAACCUCGACUUUGACCUGGAGCUCAUCUACUGAUGGUAACCCUGGAUCGAUCCGCGAGGUCGUUGGUUACGCCGGAGCAGAAAAGUUACAGGAGCAAAGAAGUUUCAAGAUGAAGCAAGAUUGAGCGACAGGAAGAUGCGGCUGCUAAAUCCCGACCUCCUGUAUCGGUUCAAUCCACCUCGCCCGAGGUUUGACAAAUUGUAACUCACGACUUCCCGAUAGAUUCAGAUCCUAAAUAGAUUUGUACGUAUCUUUGAUGGGCGUCACUAUUUGAUUGAAGGACUCUGUGGUUUAGAUGGCAGACAUGUAGCGGAAGUAAUUCUCCCAUUUGAAACAUUUUUCUGAACGCCACAAGUUCCUUGAGGUGCAGUAGAGUUCAGAUGUGUUCAGUAUAAGGCUUAUACAGUAGCCGCUACUGUUUUGGCUCCACUUAUCAGUCUUCUA